CUACACUCGACGGUUCUAUAUAAACUAUCUGGAGCUCACUAUUGUUGAUUUUCCAUAUUCUGAUCUCUAUUGUUGAUUUCCAAAAUCAAAACCCUAGCUCUACUUCUCUUCUCUUACAUUCUCUAGGAAAGAAAAGCACCUGACCAAUAAGAUGACGAAGGUUGCAAUUGCAACGGAGGAGAUGUCCGAUCUUCGUCGUUUGUGCUCCAUAGCAAUCAGAGCCGCGAAUUCACAGACCAUCGAUGGUGCUGAUCGAUGUUUUGAUAUCCUUUGUUACUUGAAGAAAUUGAGUUUCUGCGCAAAGGAUCUUGUCCGCGUGUCUAAAGAGAUAUCUCUUUUGGUUAUUCUCAAAGAUCAUAGAAACCCUAAAAUCAGUACGGAAGCUAAAGCCUUGUUCCUCUCCUGGAUGAGAACUCUUUAUUCCAGAGACCCUUCUACUUGCAACAACAACACGAUGCUCGUUAAGAAGACACCUGCAGCAGAUCUUGUUGCGAAAGCGUGUCCCGAUUUGAAGAAGAAAAAGUUUAAGAGAUCUGUGACCGCUCGUGGUAUUGGAGCAGAGGAAGAUCAGAGAUCUAGGGUUCUUGAAGUUUGUCACAAGAAACAAUAUAAUCCGAACAAGGCUGGUGUUUUGGCAGCGAAGAAGCCUAUACAGAAGAAGAAGAAGCAACCUGCUGCUCUACCUGAAAACCCUAGAUCGGUGGCUCAUGAAGCGGUAGCGAUUAAGAAGCAUGAGUCUGGUCCAGCGGCCGUGAAGAAGAACUCAAGAGAGAUGUUGGAGCUGUUUGAAAUAGCUGAGAAAUCUGCAGAUAAGGCUAGUGCGAAGGGAAUUCUCCUGUCUACAAAAGAGACAUCGAUCUGCGUAGACACACUCUCUUUGCUCAAAGACGAAUUCACCAUCAGCUCAACGGCUCCGGAAACGAAGAGGAUCAUGAAGAAGCUUUCCUAUCUUACAAAGCACAAAGACCGAAAAAUCUGCAAUUCAGCAACAGCACUUCUUCAACAUUGGAGGCAGAGCAUAUAAGAAGAAACUAGUUGACUUCAAGUCGUUGAUUGUUUACUAUUCUUCCAUAGAUUACACUAAUGUUGUCACACCAGUUUAAAUUUUCCAUUACUCAAAAAAGUAAGGAAUGUUGUGAGUUGUAAAUAUA